UCAUUUAAAAAACAAAAAACAAAAACAAAAAAAAAAAAAAAAAUGGCUCUUACUUUAAUUGUCUUCUCCCCACCAAAAUCCAUCUCCAUCUUCUCCCUAUUUGAGCCUCCAUACCCAAUCAUCUCUCCUCUCUUUAAAUUCUCCUCUUCCUCUUGUUCUUCUUCUUCUCUAUCUCUUACUUCUAUUAGUUCUUUUACUUCUUCUUCCUUACCCAUCAGGUUCCGCUCACUUCACCUCCGUACAUCUCGACGGAAUCUUACGUCGCCUCCCUCUGCCAUGCUUCUUCCGCAGAACCCUCUCCUCUCCGACGUUUGCGCCUCCGUUCUUAGUGCAGGUAUCGCCCUGUCUUUACUUCGUCUCUGGGAAGAAACCGCCAAACGCCAACUCUGCGACCAGUAUUUGAAUAGGAAGCUUGUGCAUAUUAGUAUCGGGCUAGCUUUCAUGCUUUGCUGGCCAAUGUUCAGUUCUGGGCCUCAGGGAGCAAUUUUAGCAAGUCUUACUCCAGGCGUCAAUAUAAUUCGGAUGCUUCUUGUGGGUUCUGGAAUGUGGAAAGAUGAAGCCACCGUGAAGUCAAUGAGCAGAUAUGGAGACCACAGGGAACUUCUCAAGGGACCACUGUACUAUGCUAUAACAGUUACUUUGGCUUGUGCGGUCUAUUGGAGGACUUCCCCAAAUGCAAUUGCAGCAAUAUGUAAUCUCUGUGCUGGAGAUGGCAUGGCAGAUGUUGUGGGAAGGCGGCUUGGCAGACAGAAACUUCCUUACAACCGAAACAAAUCUGUAGCCGGUAGCAUUGCUAUGGCAUCAGCUGGUUUUUUAGCUUCUAUUGGGUACAUGUACUAUUUCGCAUUAUUUGGAUAUCUUCAGUGUAGUUGGGACUUGGUUUUCAGUUUCUUGGUUGUGUCUCUUGCCUCAGCCUUGGCGGAAUCACUCCCAAUAAGUACUCAGUUAGAUGACAACCUUACCAUAACUCUAACAUCUAUAUUGGUGGGCAGUCUUGUUUUUUGACGUUAGGACAAGCAGCUACACGUGGGGAAUUGUAGUAGCAUUAAAACAAAGGCGUUCUCCUCUUGCAGCAUCAUCAGUCAUCACCAAUAACUCUUCUUGGUUUCCUUAGCCAUAAAAAAAAGUGGCAAUUUCUCUGCUCAUGAAUAGAGUCAGAAUGGUGUAAAUGAAAAUCUCUACUGCGUUUGAGAAAAGGAAGUGCUACAAGUAUAACAAGGAAAAGAGCAAAGGAAAGUACAAGAACAAGCAUCAGGGUUUCACCAUGCAACCCAUACGCCCUGUCGCGCACAAUCAAAAGAAACUCACCAUCG